UUUUAAAGGAAGUUGGUAGCCGAACAGCACUGGCCCCCAUUCACUUCUAUGUGGACACAAAACCAAUGCAAGUCAAUGGGUGCCGGUUUACAACCUUUUCAACAUAUGUUCUUUUCUAUUCUGUGUGAGAAUGAAAGUCAUACAGGUUUUAAAUGGCAAGAGGUGAUGUGGUACCUUUUCACAGCAAUAUUCAUUUUCACAGCGUAUGAAACCCAUGCUUGUGUGAUGACAAGCCCAGACCAGAGGGUUGAUGUUGGAACAGAUGUCUGUUUGCUGUGUAAUUUCACUCAAUGUCCUGGACAACUGGACCCCAGCUCUCUUAAUGUGGAAUGGGAAUUCAAGCAGGGUAUCUCAUUUCAGCCUAAAAUAAUCCUCUACCAAAUUGGGAAUCGGACCGCAUCAACUCCUGGUCACCAUGUGCUGCUUCAGGGAAAUGUGAAGCUGGGGAGUUUUGAUAUUGUUCUCCAUUCAGUGACACAUGAGAACAAUGGAACUUACAUGUGCAGACUGCGGCGUGAUGGCAUUUUCUACAAGAAUAAUACACAGCUUAUUGUCCACUCAGCCCCACUGACCAGAAGAAACACUCCAGGUGUUGACAACGUGGAGACCCAUCCUCCCUGGUGGGUGGCAGUGGUUUCGGUGGCUGGAAUUGUGCUUCUCAUUGGUACAGUAUUUUUGGGGAGGAGAACUUGCAGGUCCCCCCACCAGAGAAAGGAUAUCUUAAGGCAAAAUAUAGCAGAGGUUGAAACCAGAGGUCAGACUGCUGACAUCAGAUACAAGGUCACAAACCAUUCCAUGCCUGUGGUUGACAUGGGGACUCAACCCAGCACCCCAAAUGCAGACAAUGUUUACGCUAUGGUCACAAACAGUUAUCUGCCUAUUGUUGACAUGGACAAUCAGGCAAGCGCUCUAAAUGCAGAAAACAUCUAUGUUACUAUGGUUACUAACAAUUCUUUGCCUGUGGGAAAAAUGGCCAGUAAAUCCAGCACUCAAAAUGCAGACAACAUAUAUGUUACAAUGCAUGGUUCCCCAUUCACAACAAAUGCUGCCGGCAAGCCAAACCGGAACCGACGUCUUACCUCUGACUGGAAGCCUGAUGACGAGGAACCUGUAUCUGCCCAUUGCCAUCAAUUUAUAUAGUAUUGCUUAGUGUAAGACUAAAUUACAGAUGAGUCACACACAGAAACUUUUUUAUGCAUAGACAGUAAAAGCAAAUUGCUCUUGUGAGAUGUAGCAAAAGUAUGCUAGCAACAUUAGCACACAUACUUAAGAAUGACUUCAAGGCACUAGAAAAAAUAGUCACAACUGCAUUCAAAAAAAAUCAUAAAGAAAAUAGAGGUAAUUUAUAAAUUAGUCAUAUGUUACCCAUAUGUUGCUUAUCACAGUGUAUUGGCAGCCUCAGUUUUCUGGCAUUCAUAAAAUAAACCACAUAAUGGAUGGUAUCCUUCUGCUGUAUGGUUUUACCACACAUUAAAACAUGAAUAAUGCAAAUCAUUCAUUUAUUUUUGUAAGUACCGUUCUCUGCAUCGUGAUAUCAUUAUUAUUCAGCUGUCUUGGUGUCCUUUUUCAUCAUUUGUCAGAUGUCAACAGUGGUCAGUGCUGUUUAGUUUUUGUGCAUCUUUGGGCAUCUUCAGCCACUCGACCUUACCUCUUUAUCAUCUCACCAGCAUGAAAUUGCUACUUGUUCCAACACGGUUUCUCUUUGUGAAUAGGUUACCGAAGAAACCCAACUGCUGUCUUAGUUUUAUUAUGUGGGCGCUUGUAUUUGCAGUAAUGUAGCAUUAUUUUUUACAGGUUUACAAUAAAACACCCACCACCACCUGUAUCUUUUCCUUUAGCUCUGCUCUUUCCACUGCACUUUGAUGUACACUGGAGAGAAGAUGGGGAGAGGCUUCAUCUGUUUUUGGUUUAGCUGCAACGGCCGCAUGGAAUUUUCUUUCCUCCUGAAUGAAGAAGGAAAUUCAGUUUAGA